AUGUUUACUUCAAUCAAGUUCCUCGACGCGCUAAAAUUCCACUCCAUCUCCCAAUUCUUGCGCCAUUGUUCCCAAACGAACAAUCUCAAACCACUUCAAGAAUUCUACGCCCACGUCCUGAGAGCAGGCCUGUUCUUCAUCUCCCCCAAUCUCCAGACCCAACUCGUUUUAGCGUACACAUCGUGCGCCGGCAACAACACCGCCAGCACUCUCGCAACUCUAACCAGCUUCUUCAAAUGCCUCGGCCCCAGAAGCCCGCUGCCUUUCAACUCGAUCAUAUCUCAUUUUUCUCAAGAUGGGCUCGAUCCCUCGGCCGCCCUCCAUGCUUUUUCCUAUAUGCACCGCAAUUGUAUCCAUAUCGAUUCAUACGCUCUGUGUAGCUCUCUGAAAUCUGUUACCUGUCUGAAAAAUCUCUGCUUUGGUGAAAUGUUGCAUGCCCAUGUGGAGAAAUCAGGCUGGCUGGCUAGCCUGUUCGUGGGUAGUGCGUUGGUGGAUUUGUACGCGAAAUUGCUGCGUAUGGAUGAUGCAGCUAUGGUGUUCGACGAAAUGCCUGAGACGAACACUGUGUGCCUGAACGCACUUUUAUCGGGCUAUGCGGAGAGUAAAAUGUGGGCUCGGGUUGUCGAGCUGGUUUUGAGGAUGCCGGUAAUGAAAUUACCGGCGGACAAUUUUACUUUAUCUGCUGCCCUGCGCGCGUGCAGUGGGCUUUGCUCGGUAAACUUAGGCAAACAGGUUCAUGCAAGAAUAAUAUGCUGUAGUACUAUUGAUUUUCGAGCGGACGUGUUUUUACAGAGCUUGUUGAUCGAGAUGUACGGAAAGUGUGGCUUUGUCGAUUGCGCGGAAAAAGUCUUUACUUUGGCUGGUUACAGAGUGAAAGAGAGGAAAAAUGAUGUUGUCUUGUGGACUUCCAUGUUAGGAGUGUACGGAAAAUCCGGUAAUCACUCUAAAGUGAUUCAACUGUUCGAAAAAAUGCUGAUGCAGGGGAUAAAACCUGAUGAGGUGUCUUUUCUGACAGUCAUAUCGGGCUGCAGCCAUACGGGCCAGGUGGAUCUUGGCAUGGAGUAUUUCGAGUCCAUGACUCGGGACUAUGGACUAGUUGUGGGCCCGGAGCAUUACAGCUGUCUUGUGGACUUGCUUUGUCGGGCCGGAGAAUUAGAGAGGGCUUGUGCGUUGAUUGAUGAAAUGUCUUGUAAUGGGGGUGUGAUGAGUCGGGUUGUGUCCAUGUGGGGAGCUUUGCUUAAUGCAUGCAAUGAGCAUGGGAAUAUCAGUCUUGGGAAGGUGGCGGCCCAACGGGCUUUGGAGUUGGAGCCCGACAACAUUGGGGUUUAUGUGCUGUUGUCUAAUAUGUAUGCCGGGAAUGGGAUGUGGGCCGAGAUUGAAGAGUUGAGGGAGUUGAUGAAGAGUAAAGGUUUGAAGAAGGAUCUUGGAUGGAGCUGGGCUGACGGGACGGGUUGA